AAUUGGUUACAUUCUUUUUCCAUAAACAUCCUUCCGCAGCAAGCAUUCAGCCAUUUCUUUUAUCAUAUUUAACAGAGCAGAUUCCAGAGUAAAAUCAGAAAAUCUUAAAUAAAUAAUACUUGAAAGUAGAAAUGGCCGAACAUUUAAAUGUAGCAACCGGUGCACCUAAAGACGAAGAAACUGAGACACCUCGCAUUAAUAAUUUUGCGCAAAAAUUUCUAGCUGACCUCAACGAGGAGCGAGAACGGCUUGGUGCUGAGUUUCCUUUGUGUGCUUUGUUAAUUGAUGAAGCCUUUGAACGUGUUUAUUCUACUGGACGAGUGCCCGGCAGAGAGUUUUAUGCGGAUGUGUACCAACAAAAGCCAAUAAAAGUUACGCAGAAAGUUUUCGUGCCUGUUAAACAAUUUCCUAAGUUUAACUUUACUGGAAAAAUUCUUGGACCUAAGGGUAAUUCACUUCGCCGCUUACAGGAGGAAACUCAAUGUAAAAUUGUUAUAAAGGGCCGAAAUUCCAUAAGAGAUCGUGCAAAGGAGGAGGAGAUGCGUGAGUCCGGAGAUCCUCGAUUUACACAUUUGCACAAGAGUUUGUUUGUAGAAAUCAGUACUAUAGCACCACCUGCGGAAUGUUACGCACGAAUUGCCUAUGCUUUGGCAGAAAUACGUAAAUACCUAGUACCAGAUAAGAAUGAUGACGUUUCACAUGAGCAGCUGUUGGAACUAAUGGAAAUAGACCCCAAGUCGGCUAAACAGUACACGAAGUCUAUUCAUGAAAAGAGGAUGGCUGCCGGGCCGAGUUCAUACAAAUUUUU